AGCACCCUCCCUCCCUCCAUCCAUCUCUACAUAGCACCAUCCCUCCCUCCAUCCGUCUCUACAUAGCACCCUCCCUCCCUCAUCAUGCAUUCCUCCACCUCCAUCACGUCCCUCUUCUCCUUCACCAGCCCUGCAGUGAAGAGGCUUCUGGGAUGGAAACAAGGGGAUGAAGAGGAGAAGUGGGCAGAGAAGGCUGUGGACUCUCUGGUCAAGAAACUAAAGAAGAAGAAGGGAGCGAUGGAGGAGCUGGAGAAGGCCCUCAGCUGUCCCGGACAACCCAGUAAGUGUGUGACCAUCCCUCGGUCUCUGGACGGUCGUCUCCAGGUGUCUCACAGGAAGGGUCUCCCCCACGUCAUCUACUGCAGAGUGUGGAGGUGGCCCGACCUACAGUCUCAUCACGAACUCAAGGCCUUGGAGUGCUGCGAAUUCGCCUUCGGAUCCAAACAGAAAGACAUCUGUAUCAACCCCUACCACUACAGACGGGUAGAGACACCAGUGCUUCCCCCAGUGUUGGUCCCCCGCCACAGUGAGUUUAACCCCCAGCACAGUCUACUGGCUAAAUUCCGGAAUGCCUCGCUCCACAACGAGCCCCUGAUGCCCCAGAACGCUACAUACCCGGACUCCUUCCCUCCUCUCCCUUGCGCCUCCUUUUCUUCCACCUCCUCAUCCUCUCUCACCCAGUCCCCCACCUCCGCCAGCUACCCCAACUCUCCCAGCAGCUCAGCCGAACCUACCAGCCCCUACCACAUCACAGAGACCCCACCUCCCCCCUAUAGCAUGAUGGAGACAGUCCCAACUGAGGAUGUCAAGCCUGGAGACUCCACACACAAGCUCACCUUCUCAGCUCCGCACAUAGAUCUACGGCCUGUGUGUUAUGAGGAGCCAGAGUACUGGUGUUCAGUGGCGUACUACGAGCUGAAUAAUCGUGUUGGAGAGACGUUCCACGCCUCGUCCCGUAGCGUCCUGGUGGACGGCUUCACCGACCCCUCCAACAACAAGAACCGCUUCUGUCUCGGCCUGUUGUCUAACGUCAACCGCAACUCAACCAUCGAACACACACGCAGGCACAUAGGAAAAGGUGUCCAUCUCUACUACGUGGGUGGUGAGGUGUACGCCGAGUGUCUGAGUGACAGCAGUAUCUUCGUCCAGAGUCGUAACUGUAACUAUCAGCAUGGUUUCCAUGCCACCACCGUGUGUAAGAUCCCCAGCGGCUGUAGUCUGAAGAUCUUCAACAACCAGCUGUUCGCCGAGCUCCUCUCUCAGUCCGUCAACCACGGCUUCGAGGUGGUCUACGAACUCACCAAGAUGUGUACUAUACGCAUGAGCUUUGUCAAGGGCUGGGGUGCAGAGUACCACCGACAGGAUGUCACCAGCACCCCCUGCUGGAUAGAGGUGCACCUGCACGGCCCUCUGCAGUGGCUGGACAAAGUCCUCACACAGAUGGGCUCUCCUCAUAACCCCAUCUCCUCCGUGUCCUAACACACACACACACACACACACACACACACACACACACACACACACACACACACACACACACACACACACACACACACACACACACACACACACACACACACACACACACACACA